GGGAAGAAAGCUUGCUAAGGGUUUGUCAGCUGCCGCUUUUUCCCUGACACCUCUUGAAGGGCACCUCUGCUGUGAUGGGGAGGCAAAAGGACGUUCUUGCUACUAUUGAGGACCAUCUGAGGAUCAGAAACAAAUUAGUGCGGCAAGCGCUGGCUGAGUGCCUGGGGACACUGAUCCUGGUGUUGUUUGGCUGUGGCGCGCUUGCACAGAUCAUACUCAGCAGAGGGAGUCAUGGAAACUUCCUGACUGUCAACCUGGCCUUUGGCUUUGCUGUAACACUUGGCAUUUUGAUCGCAGGACAGGUAUCAGGUGGACACCUGAACCCAGCCGUCACUUUUGCCAUGUGUUUCUUGGCCCGGGAGCCCUGGAUCAAACUACCGAUCUAUGCCCUAGCACAAACCCUGGGGGCUUUCCUUGGAGCUGGCAUAGUCUUUGGGCUGUACUAUGAUGCCAUCUGGGCUUUUGGCAAUAACCAGCUGUAUGUAACAGGACAAAAUGGCACUGCUGGUAUCUUUGCGACCUACCCAUCUCAGCAUCUGAACGUUGUGAAUGGAUUCUUUGACCAGUUCAUUGGCACUGCCUCCCUGAUUGUUUGUAUCUUGGCUAUUGUUGAUCCCUACAACAACCCUGUACCCACGGGGCUGGAGGCUUUCACAGUUGGUUUUGUUGUCCUUGUUAUCGGAACCUCCAUGGGCUUCAACUCUGGCUAUGCUGUCAACCCUGCCAGAGACUUUGGGCCUCGUCUCUUCACAGCCAUUGCUGGCUGGGGCACUGAAGUGUUCUGGACGGGUAAGCAGUGGUGGUGGGUUCCAAUUGUUGCUCCUUUCCUUGGGGCCAUUGCUGGAGUGAUGGUCUACCAGCUGAUGAUUGGCUGCCAUGAUGAGCCUUCUCCACCUGCCUCGGAGCAGGAAACCGUCAAGCUGGCUAACGUGAAGCACAAGGAAAGGGUCUGAGGAAGCUGCCACCCAGAUCUGGCAGACAUUCGUUACUCAGGACUGCAGUUGGCAAAGAGGAGGAAGGAGUUAAGAAGAGCUUCAAGAACAACAGGAAGAGUUUUUUUUUCCUGUCUUGAGAUAUUCUAGCCUUUUUUUUUUUUGUAUAUCCCUGAUGUAUUUGCUUUAGUAAUUUUCCUAUGAGUCCCCUCC